GGGCGACGUCACCGCGGGGGCGGGGCGCGCGGCGGCUUUCGAACGGCGGCGCGGGGAUGGCGGCGGUGCGGCCCUUCGACAAGCUGCCGGCGCUCAACUCCGCCGCCUUGCUGCUGGUGGGCGCGGACGGGAGCGCGCAGCAGCGGCUGGCGGAGGCCGUCCUGCGGGAGCGGAAGGAGUUCAAGAUCAGCAUCCACCUUGCAACAUCCCUCCCCUUGCCUGCAGAGAGGGAUCACCUUCGGCCCAGGAUAGAUCUGAUCGUAUUUAUUAUCGACAUCAAGAGCAAGUACAGCCUGAAGAAUGUUGAAGCUUCGCUAGCUUAUGUGGAUGCCAGCUUCUUCCUGGGCAAAGUAUGCUUCCUUGUCACCGGGGUUGGCAGGGUGAAUAACUGCGGCAUAGAGAUGAAUGCCAUCUGGAAACUGAGAGACGUCUACUGCAGUCCUGUGCUGUUAUGUGAGCUGGAGUUGGAAAGGAUACAAGCUACCACCGCUCAGCGGCUUCUCCGGAUGUUACAGAUCUGUGCUGGUCACGUACCAGGAGUUUCUGCCCUGACUUUUGGCUCGCUGAUGAGGAGCUCUGCUGAUGACUAGCUUCUUGUUGUGAGAAUUCGUACCGGUUCAUCACUUUUCUUUACUUCCAGGCAUUCAAGCUGCUGCUGUUGUUGGAAUCACUUUAGGAAGCUUUCUUGCCUGACUUAUUACAAGCACUCAUGCAGAGCUGUUUAUAGUUGCUAGCCUGUCAAAAAAGCUUGAUUCCUGUUGAGUGGAUAAGGUAUAGGUGGUGGGGAGGGAGGAUAGUUUGAAUUGGGGAUCCCUAACUGUUACUACAUCUGAGUCCCAUUUCAUGAUGAAGUUUAGAUUUCGCCUAUUUGCCAGUGGCCAGGAGCUACAUGUUUUAGCGAGAGAAUAUCAAAAAUAACAGCCCACUAUCCCAAAUGCUGUGUGUCAUGGUUGAAUAUCUUAGUUCCAGUAGACCAAAAGUACUAGAGGUGAGGCAGCAGGCUUCUGCUUCCUUGCAAUUGGAAUACAGUACUUGGGACUAAUGCAAAACCUCAGUGCCAGAUUUUGUUUCCCCACCAAGAGAAUAAAAGGGUGAGGAAGGCUGUCCUGCAGCUUCUAGAUAGACUACAGUUGGCAGUUAAUGAUCCAGCUGUGUGAGCAUCUGCCCAGUGAAGGGCUCAGCAUUUCCGUGCCUGAUACAUAAUUGGGAAGGAAGGGACUAAAGAAGAUAAUCUAGCACUUUAGCUUUCUUUUAUAUCUUUAGAGAAAAAAGACUGUCUCUUAAGCCCAGGAUAACGUGAUUUGGACAGCUGUGGACUGUUCUGCUGCAAGUCAGUCCCUGCAAACCGAGGAGCAGUUCUCCAGAGAGAUCUAACCUCCGAGUCAACAAAUGAGGAGGGUUGUAACUCAGAGUGUAGCAGUACUUUGUAUUACAGCCCUGACAGGUAUGCAACUGAAGGAGAAACAUGCAGCUUCUAGUGGAUAUCAGAUCUUUUUCCCAAAGUAAAGAGCUCCAGAGAGCUACAGGACUGCACUUGUCUCUCCAGCGUCCUUAGGGCUGAGGCUCUGUGCUCUGGGGCUAGCCAGAGAUGAAACACAGCAAACUGGACUAUAGCAGCAUACUGAAAACAUACGGUGUCGGCUUGGAAACUGGGCUUAUACUGAGUAUAGUCCCUUAACUAAUAGGUUCCCAUCAGCAGUAACUCAUGCCUUAUUCUUACUGUCAGAUUUUUUGAUUUCUAAGUUAAUAAAAUGUAUAAUAUUUAA